CAUGAAACUUUACCACGCACAUCCAUCUCUACUCCAAUCUCCUUCUUCCACUCCUGCUGCUUCUUAAUUUUCUCUCACAUCCAAAAACCCUAAUCCAACCCUCCAAUUUUCCCAAUUUUCAUCGUCGAGUUGAAGGCUAACUCUCUCGCAAAUUCUUCAUCCAUGGCGGAGGUCAUGAACGUGCCCCACGACUCUCUCGCAAUCCCCAAGCCCUCCGCUGACGAUGAACCGCCUCCGCCUCCACCACAGACGUCUCGUAGAAGGGAGAGAGACUCGAGGGAGUUGGAUCGCCCUCCGAACCGCCGUGAUUACCACGACCGAAACACAUCGCCGCCGCUGCCGCCCCCGAGGGAGAGAGACAGGGACUACAAGCGCCGGCGUAGCCCCAGUUCUCCGCCCUACCGCGACCGCCGGUACUCCUCUCCUCGCCGCUCGUCUCCGAACUUCAAGCGUUCGAGGCGUGGGAGCCCCCGCGGUGGUUAUGGACCGGACGAUAGGUUUGGCUUUGAUUAUAUUGGUGGAUAUGAACGUGGGAUGGGAGGAAGACUUGGAUAUGCUGAUGAAAAAUCUCAUGGUCGGUUUAUGAAUCGCUCAGCAGGCACAUAUCAAAAUGGACCUUCUGAUUUUGAAUCAAACCGUGGUGGUUAUGCAGAUUCGUCAAAUGCAGGGAGUACACAGAGGGAGGGGUUGAUGUCCUAUAAGCAAUUCAUUCAGGAGCUUGAAGACGAUAUCUUACCUGCCGAAGCUGAGCGUAGGUAUCAAGAAUAUAAAUCAGAGUACAUUUCUACUCAGAAACGUGCUUUCUUUGAUGCUCAUAAAGAUGAGGAAUGGUUGAAAGACAAGUAUCAUCCGACCAAUCUACUUACUGUCAUUGAAAGGAGGAAUGAACUUGCUCGACAGGUGGCAAAGGAUUUUUUGCUUGAUCUGCAGAGUGGAACACUUGACAUAACUCCUGGUGUUAAUUCUGUCCCAUCAAAUAAAUCAGGACUACCAAGCGAUCAAACCUCUGAUGAUGAAGCAGAGGCUAGUGGUAAUCGAAGAAGACAUGCUAGGGGACCAGUUAAAGAAAACGAUUUUUCGGCUGCUCCGAAGGCUCCCCCUGUCAGUUCUGAGCCUAGGCGGAUACAUAUAGAUAUUGAACAAGCUCAGGCCCUUGUACGCAAGCUUGAUUCCGAAAAGGGUAUCGAAGAUAAUAUCUUAUGCAGUGUCGAUAAUGAUAAAACAGGUAGUGGUAAGUCUCAUAGUGGAUCUGUUGGCCCGAUUAUAAUUAUACGAGGCUUAGCAUCUGUUAAGGGCCUAGAGGGUGUCGAGCUUCUGGACACACUAAUUACAUAUCUUUGGCGCAUCCAUGGUUUAGAUUACUAUGGCAUGUCUGAAACUAAUGAAGCUAAGGGUUUUAGGCAUGUAAGGCCAGAAGGAAAGAGUUAUGAAGAAACAACGAAAUCUGGUACGGACUGGGAAAAGAAACUUGACUCAUUUUGGCAAGAAAGGUUGAGAGGUCAGGAUCCCUUGGAACUAAUGACUGCUAAGGAGAAGAUAGAUGCAGCAGCUAUUGAAGUUUUAGAUCCACAUGUAAGGAAAAUAAGAGAUGAAAAGUAUGGAUGGAAGUAUGGCUGUGGAGCUAAGGGCUGUACAAAGCUUUUCCAUGCUUCUGAAUUUGUGCAUAAACAUCUCAAGCUUAAACACCCAGAACUUGUGAUGGAACUGACCUCGAAAGUGCGCGAGGAUCUGUAUUUCCAAAAUUACAUAAAUGAUCCAGAUGCUCCGGGUGGAACACCUGUCAUGCAGCAACCUCAGAAGGACAAGCCACAGAGGCGGAGACUGGGUCUGGAUAGUAGAUUGAGAGAUGAUCGUGGUAACCGUAGGGAUAUUGAACGGAUUGAAAGGGUUACUGAUGGUGAACGGUUUGAUAGGACUGAGAAUUCCCCUUCCCAUGAUCGACAGUCUAAACGUGGCAUUCUCGAAUUGGGGAAUCAUGAUGAGUCAAUGUAUGAUGCGUAUAGCGGGCAAGGCAUGAGUGCUGUCACUCCCUUUCCCUCAGAUGUAACACCACCAGUAUUUAUGCCUGUUCCUGGUGCCGGGCCUUUAGGACCCUUUGUUCCUGCUCCUCCAGAAGUUGCAAUGCAGAUGUUACGGGAGCAGGGGGCAUCUUCGUAUGAUGGAAGUGGUAGGAACAUGCGGCCUGGUCCUAAUGUUGGAGGGCCAACACCAAUUCGCCCCCCUGCUUUUAGAUCUGACCCUCGACGCAUGCGAAGUUAUCAAGAUUUGGAUGCUCUGGAGGAUGAAGUCACGGUGAUAGACUAUCGGAGUUUGUAAAGCCUUCACUUGAUACGUCCUUUCCUCCAAUCGCACGAUUGCAUGGGCCUCUUCAUCAUCAAAGUAUAAACUGAUCUUUCGACAUUAUUCGCAUUGGGUGCCUUUAUUCUGGGUGGGAGUGAUGGCUCCCAUUUCCAUCAAGAAUUCCCAGCUUCUGUUUGCUUUGAGCUUUCGUUUACAGUAAGUACCCGGGGACUCGAGCGGAUGACUUAGCAUAUGCUGCCAGAUUUUGCCAGAUCGAACGCCGUAAGAUUUCUUAAAUUGCCUUGUUAUUGGGUGAAUGAGGUAUAUUAUUGAUUACUAGGUGGCGCAUUGGGUUUGUUCAUUUCAGUUGAUCCAAGUCUGAAUUCUAGAAAAUUUUGUGAAUGUCUGGCCAAAUUCACCGAUGAUUUGCUGAGUAUAAACUAUACUUUUAUAUGCAAUUGGGUUGACAUUUUAAGACCA